AUGUCGACACUUAACCUGUCGGGCUCCCACCCCGCAUUCUUCAUCUUGGUGGGGAUACCUGGCAUGGAGAAGUCUCACACCUGGAUCUCCAUCCCAGUCUGCAUGAUGUACUCUGCUGCCCUUCUGGGGAACUCGGUCCUGCUGGUCACUGUCGUGAAGGAGCGCAGCCUCCACGAGCCCAUGUACAUCUUCCUGUGCAUGCUGGCAGCCUGCGACCUGCUGUUGUCCACUGCCACUGUGCCCAAAACCCUCAGCGUCCUCUGGUCUCUGUCCACCCAGAUCUCUUUCAGUGGCUGCCUGGCGCAGAUGUUCUCCAUCUAUUUCGUUUUUGUGGCAGAAUCAGCCAUUUUACUGGCGAUGGCCUUUGAUCGGUACAUCGCCAUUUGCGACCCGCUGCGAUACACGGCCAUCCUGACGUGCUCUGUCGUGGGGAAGGUUGGCGUGGUGGCUUUAAUCAGGAGUUUCUGCAUCAUGUUCCCCGCCAUCUUCCUCCUCAAGCGGCUGCCCUACUGCGGGCACAACGUCAUGCCCCACACCUACUGUGAGCACAUCGGCGUGGCCCGCCUGGCCUGUGCCGACAUCUCCAUCAACAUCUGGUAUGGGGUAGCUGCUGGCUUCCUUUCAGCGGGCUUGGACGCCAUCUCCAUCGCCAUCUCCUAUGUGCUGAUCUUCAGGUGCCUCUGGGGGCUGCCGUCCCCACGCACCUCCUCCAAGGCUCUGCACACCUGUGGCUCCCACCUCUGUGUCAUCACCAUGUUUUACACCCCGGCCUUCUUCUCCUUCCUAGCGCACCGUUUCGGCCAGCAUGUUCCUCAGCAUGUCCUCAUCUCCUUGGCCAACUUCUACGUCGUGGUGCCGCCCAUGCUCAACCCCAUCGUCUAUGGGGUGAGAACAAGGCAGAUUCGGGAGCAUGUGGCUCACCUGCUGAGGCUGGGGGGCUUGAGCUGCAGGGCAUAG